AUGUCAGAUAACGAAAAUAGCGGUGGUUCACCUGUGGAUAGGUCAAAGAGACCCCGUUUUGAAGAUGAAGAAUGGGACUCAGAUUACGAACGUGAUGGACACGAUGAUCGUCACCCUAAGAGACUUGCUGUCCCUGAUCCAGAAACCAAAGCACCUCAUUUCGUACCUACUGAAGAUAAAGAUUCUUCAGGUAAUAGCAGAAGAAAGAAGUGGGAAGAAAAAGAUGGCGAUUCUGAAGAUGAAAGACUUGAAGACAUUAAAAUCCGUCCAUCUUGUAGUAAAGUGGAUGACAAUGCCAACACUAAAGACGAGAGCAUCUCUAUUCGCUCCUUGGUUGGCACUAAAGAUGCUGGCGUAAUUAUCGGUCGAGGAGGUAAAAAUGUCAGUGAUAUUCGUGAAUUAUCUAACGCACGCGUCACUAUAUCCGAAAUUGUACCUGGUGCAUAUGAACGAAUCUUAACUGUGUCUGGUCCUGUCAAUGCUGUUGCAAAAGCAUAUUCUUUAGUUGGUGAGAAAAUCCUAUCUGAACAUACUCAACCCGAAGAAUCUAAUGCUGAUGGUGAACAAAUUCUGACUAUUAAAUUACUUGUGCCUGAUAAUAAAAUGGGUACAUUGAUCGGUAAAGGUGGUGUUGUGAUUAAAUCUAUUCAAGAUGAAAGUGGUUCUCGUUUAAAUGCUUCUGAAGAACCAUUACCGAUGUCGAGUGAACGUACUAUAUCCAUUCAAGGUACCCCUACUGCUGUUCAACACGCCAUUCAACGCAUAGCAAAGAUUCUAAUGGAUUAUUCUGAACGUGCUCCUCCCAAUACCAUCCAAUAUAGACCCACUCCACAAAUGAAUAGCCGUAAUAGUAGCAGUAGCGGUGGUAAUGGCGGCUAUAUGAACAUGCGAUCAAAUAAUUCUCACGCUGCUAUGGGUUAUGGGGGGAUGAUGCCCAUGGGUGGUAUGCCAAUGAGCAAUCCUAGUCAAUUCUAUUACCAAGGUCCUGCUGCAGCUGGUGGUGUAGUGGGUGGUGGCGGUGGGUACGGCAGUAUGCCAAAUUCAAGACAACCUGACUACGGUAUGGGUGCUAUGGGCAUGAAUGGAAUGGGAAUGGGAAUGGGUGGUAUGGCUAGUUUAUCUGGUAUGGUUGCUCCAUCCCAAGCACAGCAAAUCUUUAUUCCCAAUGAAAUGGUUGGCUGUAUUAUUGGUAAAGGCGGAAGCAAGAUCAACGAGAUCAGACAGCUUAGUGGCAGUCAUAUCAAAAUUGCUGAUUCUCAUGGUGAUGCUAAUGAAAGAUUAGUUACUAUUACAGGAACACCUGAGAGCAAUCAAAUGGCCCUUUAUUUGUUGUAUUCUCGACUUGAAUCAGAAAAGAAUAGAUUGGGUUUGCGCCAAAAUUAA